AUGUAUUCCUGUCCCGCAAUGCCACCUGCACCAUGUCCUCCGGAGUGUCCACCCUCGAAACCGUCGUACGACCUCAGCUCGAGGUACUAUCGAGAAAUCGGCACGACCAUGAUCGGAAAUCAGCUGAUAAUUCGCAUGGAGAGGGAAAAGGGGAAGUUGAAAAAGUCCAAGGAAUGGGAUCCUCCGUGUGAUUGCGAUGUAGUGGAGAUACAGAGGCCCACGAGUAAGCAAGGACCGAAGAUUUUGAGCGGAGCAGAUAAUAAUAGGAUCUUGUUUCGUGUCGAAUCGAAAUCUGCGAUACCGAAGGAUGACGACGAUGCCAUGACACAAGCUAUUGCUUACGAAGUCGGUCAAUGCAGAGGUGGUCCAUACACGAAUAACCAAUGCAGAACAUUCACGAUUUACCCUAUUCUCGACGGACCUGGGACCCAGGAAGUGCACACGGAUCGCGUGACCGAUGGGAAGGACAAUGUCUUCAUGUUAAGGGUGAAAAAGAAGUCUGAUUCAGUUGAUCAACCGAGAAGAAACGUGGAGCUGGAGCUGAGAACGCCGAAGCUUCAGCCGUCGCUUUCGGAGCCACCGGAAGUGCAGCACCGGACGCCAGAAAAGAUCUUAAUUAGGAAAGAAAAAGAAUGUCAGCCGGAGGAAGCGCCGAGAAAAGAACCAAACAACGUGAAACAAAGGAAGAAGAAGUGA